UUCGGUUUUGAUCCUUCCGCGUCGCUGGCACGCUGCUACAUCCUCACACAAAUGUAAAGGUUUGGUUGUCACGCAGAAAAUGAGCUGUACAGAGGAUAAAAUUCUCAAUAUGGAACUGGCCAAGCUGGAAUGUCACUUCACCUGGAAAAUGAGAAAAAGAGACACAAACAUCACUGAUCAUUUAACAAGACUGGAGCAGAAUUGUGAUUUAAAUCUGGGGGAGGAGGCUGGGAUCGCACGUACACACAACUCUUUGGCAUACGUCAAGUAUCUCUUGGGUUCUUAUGAAGAAGCCCUAACAAAUUUACAGAAGUCUGAGGAGCUCACUAAAGAUUGUUAUGGGGACAACUGCGACGAGAGACUCAUUGUUACUUAUGGAAAUUUCGCUUGGUUACACUUUCACAUGAAGCAGUAUGCUGAAUGCAAAAGUUACCUGGACAAACUGAAGGAGAUUAUAGAAAAUAAUCCACCCGUCUCUACCUUUGAUGUUCAUCAUGUGGUUGGUGAGAAGGCAUGGGCCUUGUUUAAAUUUUCACGUAAAUACUAUGACAGAGCUAUAGAGUGUUUCAGAAAGGCGUUAGAGCUAGAGCCAGAAGAAGGUGAGUGGAAUGCUGGUUAUGCCAUUGUACUAUAUAGAACUGAAAAAAAGUGCGCUAGUCCAGAGGAUUCAUCUGCAAUUCAACAUCUCAGACGGGCGAUAGAAAUAAACCCAGAUAAUGAUGAAUUAAAGCUUCUUUUAGCUCUGAAACUUGCUGAGUUUAAGCUGUUUGAUGAAGCAGAGGAUCUGGUGGAAAGGGCUCUUGAUAAGUCUCCAGAUAGCCCUAAUGUGAUUCGAUAUGUGGGGAAAUACCUAAGAAACUAUGGACAUGUAGACUGGUCUAUUAGCCUGUUGAAAAGAGCAUUGGAUGUUACUCCAGAUUCAGCAUUUAUACACCAUCAGUUAGCUCUGUGCUACAAACAGAAAAAAGAACAAUUAAAGGAUCAAAUUGAAAGUCAGAGAUUUCGUCAUUUGAGCAUCUCCCAUUUUGAAAAGUCCGUCACUCUCAAGAGUGGCUUUAUUGUUGCAAUGGUACAGCUGGCAGCUCUCUACGGUGAGGACGGACAAAUCAAUCGUGCUGAUGAAGUGUUUCAGACAGCUUUGUUUACAGCAAAAGACAAAUCUUCAAUUCAAGCACUUUACUUGUAUUUUGGCGAGUUCCUGCAGUACAGAAAAAGAUGUCAGCAGUUGGCUAUCAGAUAUUACAAAGACUGUUUAAAAAUGGCACCUGAUACAAAAGAUGGGAAGAAAAGUGCUAAGAAUCUGAGAAAGAUCUCUAACAAGUGUUUAUCUAAAAAUAGACAUGACACAAGGGCUUUAGGGAUAUUAGAGUUCAUUGAGCAGGUAACAGGUGGGAAUCAAUCCACUGCAGAGGAUUGUGAGCAUGUUCUGGAAUCUACAUGUAAUGAGAAAUAGUACAAACUGUAUAUUGGAGUUAUAUAUUGAUGUUGCAUUGUUUUUGUGCACUGAGCUUUCAUGUGGCUGAGGGCAAGUGAAGCUCACAGUAUGCAAUGGUUUCAUCAUUUUCGUUAAACUUUUACAGAUGAAAGUCACACCAACAUUGAUAAUAUAUAUCAUAUUUAUGUCAAGCUCAAAAUAUAAUAUGUGUAAUCACAUGAGAUGAAUAAAUGUGUAAUGUUUGCUAUUGACUGUUGUAAAUAAAUGUAUUAUGAAUAAAAAUAU